GUAUUUUCGGCUUUACAAAAAUCUUCCGAAAACGUUAUAGAAAUCAAAGAAGAAAAUGAUUCAAAUUCUUCAAAUUGGAAUAAUGAUGAUAAUAAUCCAUAUGAAGAACUUCGAAUUCUAAUCAAAAUUGAUGUGACCGUUGGUAAUAUAUCUUUAGUGGAUCAAUUUGAAUGGGAUAUUAAUUGUCAAAAAAAUGAUCCUGAACUUUUUGCGGAAAUUUUGACAACAGAAUUGGGCCAUCCUUUUGAUGGAUCGCCCAUACAAGACGAUGAUCUUCGGCAAAAUUUUUUACCACCAGUUACAAAUAUAAUUCGGAGGGAAGAUGCCGUUGAACAACAUACCCCAUUAUUAGUAGAAUUAACUGAAGCUGAAAUUGAAAAGAUUGAAAAAGAUCGAGAAAGAGAUGCUAGACGUAAAAGACGUCAAACUCGUGGUAGAAGGGGUGUUAUAUUACCGGAUCGUGAACCUCCAAAGACACAUCGUACACUUCUUCAUAAUACUACCGUGAUACAAGAUCCGACCGAUGAAAAUAUCUUUUUAACGGUUCCUUCAUCAGGAAUGCCUCCAGUUUUACGUAAAGCUAGUUCUAUGGGAUAUGAUAAUUACACUGCAAUAUCUGAAAAGUCUUCUGCUCCUG